GUUAUCAACCACAAUAUUAGCAAGCAAACAUGUACAUUAAAAUAAACCCAGUUAACCAUUUCCAGUAGCAGCAUGAGCACAAUGUGGUUGUGCAUAGUUUGUUUCUUGGCUGUUGCCAACUUGGUUGCACCACAGUCGAUCAUCAAUAGCCUCCCGGGCUUUUCCGGCUAUCUUCCUUUCAAACUUGAAACUGGGUAUGUGGGUGUAGGCAAAUCUGAUGAGGUGCAGCUAUUCUACUACUUCAUUGAAUCUGAGAGAAGUCCAGAAGAUGACCCUCUUGUGCUUUGGCUCACUGGAGGUGCUGGUUGUUCCGGAUUUUCUGGCCUUGUAUAUGAAAUGGGUCCAUUAUCAUUUGACUAUGCUAAGUCCAAAAGCAACUCACCAAAAUUGAAGUUGAACCCAUACUCCUGGACAAAGGUUGCUAAUAUAAUAUUUGUGGAUGCACCGGUUGGCACUGGAUUCUCUUAUGCAAAAAGUUCGGAAGGAUACAAUAUCAGUGAUACAUUGGGCGUAGCAGAACUCUAUGAAUUUCUACAGAAGUGGCUUAAGGUUCACCCCAAGUUCCUCACAAAUUCAUUGUACGUCAUGGGAGAUUCUUACUCGGGCAUAACUAUCCCAAUCCUUGUACAAAAAAUAUCAGAUGGUAAUGAAGUUGGUCAGGAGCCGCGAAUGAAUCUCAAGGGAUAUGUGAUUGGAAACCCGUUGACAAAUACGCAUGAUGACUUGAAUGCAAGAAUUCCAUUUGCUCACUUAAAGACGCUUAUAUCAGACGAACUAUAUGAGUCAACUAAAAACAACUGCAAGGGCGAAUAUAUGAAUGUAGAUCCUAACAAUGCAGCAUGUGUGGAUGAUCUAGAUAUCUUCACUGAGUGUACCGAGAAAAUAUUUACUGCACAAAUAUUGGAGCCUACAUGUCAGCUUUUAUCCCCAAAACCUAGAACAAGGGUAUCAAAGUGGGAUCCAGAUACUCUAGUAGAAGAUUCUGUAGACCUCCUCCGAUCAAUUACUCAUCUUCCUGAACCUAGAGCAUGGUGUCGGGAAUAUAACUAUCUGUACUCGUACAUUUGGGCAAAUGAUAAAACUGUUCAAAAGGCUCUUCACAUUCGGGAGGGAAGCAUAAAUGAGUGGGUGAGAUGCAAUCUGACCUUAGCAAACACAUAUGACUAUGAUGUCUCAAGUAGUCUAAAUUAUCAUCGGAACCUUAUCAAGAAAGGCUACGAGGUUCUAAUUUACAGUGGUGAUCAUGACAUGGUUAUUCCAUACAUAGCUACACAUGCAUGGAUAGUAUUGCUAAACCUUACUAUUGCCCAUGAUUGGAGGCCAUGGUUUGUUGAUGGGCAAAUCGCAGGAUUCACAAUGCAGUAUACAUCUAAAAAGUACUGUUUGACAUUUGCAACAGUAAAGGGAGCGGGGCACACAGCUCCAGAGUACAAGCCCAAUGAAUGUCUUGCCAUGAUUGAUAGGUGGCUAUCUUACUAUCCCCUAUAGUGAAUAGUGGAUUUUACCAAUCCAUUCAACUUAGUAGGCUUAUUGUGCAUCUAGCAUUUCAAGUCAUUUUAGUUGUCUAUUCAAUAUCAAAUAAUAAAAUUCAACAGAUUCAACUUCUUCA